AUGGUGUCUCUCCGAAGAAUAUCUGCACUGGCCUGCAGCUGGCUCAGCCUCUGUCUUGCUUUCGACUUUCCUGUUUCUUGACGUCUCCGCUUUCUCACUAGAUUGCUGGCAUUUCACCAUCACUUGCUCCGGAAGCUUACUUACGACAUAUUAUUUCUUGCUAUUAUCGAUGUUCCUUCUACUUGCUGCUGCUGCCAUCGCUACAAACCACAUAUCAUAUGUCAGCGGUCAUGCAUCGAUAUUCCACCCUGCGAUGUGGGGAUUCAAUGUUACCGACCAGACAUUUCCUUAUGAUAACCGUGCAGUUGCUCCAUUGAUGGACAUGACUUUCGAUCAGUGGUGGUUUCAUGGCCAUCUUGACUACCCUCCUCAUGCAGAAGAUGUAUUCGAACUUCCUGCAGGAUCAAACGUGACAACCGAAAUAGGAUGUAACAAGGGCGCAACAUCUUACUUCGCCUCUUCUGAAGGCGGCGAUAUCCGUUCUGGUGACGAUGUUUGCCCAGGAAGUGAUAUCUCCGAGUAUCACACAACCGGAAUUGACGACGUCAAAGGCUGCGCGCUUGCCAUCGCCUACAAGAGCAAUGUCUCGGAUGUACAGCCAGAGGACUUCACAGUGUUCAGUGUGAAUCAGACCUGUGUGUGGACGAGGUUCACGGACUUCUCGGUGCCACAGAGGAUGCCGCCGUGCCCGGAUGGGGGUUGCAUAUGUGCUUGGUUUUGGAUUCAUUCGCCUGAUAGCGGAGGAGAACAGAACUACAUGACCGGAUUUCAGUGCAACGUGACGAACUCAGUGUCUACUACCCCAUUGGCCCCCGCUCAACUCGCUCGACGAUGUGGUGCCGAUCCGACGGCGAACAAAGCUGAUCCUGUCAUCGGAAAUUGUACCUACGGUGCCAAAAUGCCUCACUAUUGGUAUCAAAAAGAGCGCAACACCAUGUUUGAAGACACCUACCACCCACCUUUCUACACUGACCUGUACAACUUUCUCGAUGGCCCACAGGACGACAUCUUCGCUGACUCAUAUCACAACGAUUCCAUCCCGCAACCCUCCGAGAAUCAGACCGCGUUGCCCGUGCUGAAGACCGUCGUACAGGGCCAGAAAUUCCGCGUACCAGAUGCCGCACAGGUUCUGAGCAACAAUAGUCUUCUCGCAUUGAUACAACAGGCGGAGGCCAGUGCCAGCACGUUUAUAGCUAGUGCAACCGUCGGUGCUGCUUCGGUACAAGCGUCGUCGACUGAAGCCGUACAGUCUGCGACUUCAGGCGCUCCUGCAUCAUCUAGUGCGCUGUCAUCUGUAUCCACAUCGGCCGCUACCGCCAUAUCUACCUCCGUCACCACUUCCAUCGAAACGACCACCGAGACCGAAACUCAAACUCAGACUCAGACCGUCGUCGUCAUAGUAGCCGCCACAUCCACCACUGCUCCUGCAGGCACCACGAUGUUUCUCAACUCUAUCAAUCCCUCACUCAGCGCUACAGCCGAUGCCUCUGCUUCGACUGCGUCUGGGAAUGGGAGCGGGAAUGGAACGGCGUUUGCAUCGAUGAAUGGUGAGCUCAACAGCAUGGUCAACGCCGUCAACAUGACAAGUGCAGCAGAUACUUCAAACGUCGAACUCGUCUCCGCAUGCAAACGCUCAGACCCUUCAGAACCUCAAUCAUCCACCACAUCCUCCACUGACGAACACUAUUCUUUCCCGCGCACAUGGGCCUCCCGUCUUGGUAUGGGGACCUACGAGCGAAAGCGGUCGAUGCACAGCAGAACCGGCGGAGUCGAAGCUUUGUGGGGUUUGGGACUCUGGUGACACUGAGCGACGUCAUCUUCCAUCUUUCUUUGUUCACUAUGGGCCAUAAUUUGGGGAUCUGUGAUCUUUUGUCUUUAUAGCGCUAGCUUCCGCAUUGACAUAUACAUACUUACACUUGUAAUUAUUCGUCAGCGCCUUGAUGUUGAGCUUUUGGUCUAUCGUGGCCUAUUCAUCACC